AUGGCCGACAAAUUUGAACCUCCUCAAUACCCUCCGCCCGCGCAGAACCCGGGCCCCAACCACAUCCAGACAGGCUUCCAGUCGCCUCCUCCCCCGAUGGCCUACGACCCAAACUACCAGCAACAACAGUACGAUGCCAGCCGCGGCGCGAACAAUGGCUACUACGGUGGUGGCCCGCCGCCCCCGCAGGGCUAUUAUGGCGGGCCUGGAUACGGGCCACCGCAGGGCUGGAAUGGGGGACAGCCCGUCAUGUAUGAGAGAGAUCGAGGUAGCGCAGGGCCUGGCAUCUGUACCGGGAUAUUGGCCGGGUUGGCGUGUUGUUGCUGUUUGGAGGCGUUGUUUUAA